AUGGAGGAAUCCAUGCACUACCCUCUGUCACCAGUGGAUAGUGCAGUGACCAGCGAGGAAGACUCCGAACGUCUGAACAGAAACUUGGAGAGGAAGAAAAGAAUAGUGACUAGUGAUCGCAGUCCAUUGUCGGUUAAACGGAGCAGAAAGUCCAGUCCUGUUAGCAGCCAGUCCUACGAAGAACUGCAAAACCAGAGAGUGAUAGCAAACGUACGGGAAAGACAAAGAACUCAGUCACUCAACGAAGCCUUUGCGUCUUUGCGAAAAAUUAUCCCAACUUUGCCCUCUGACAAGCUGAGUAAGAUCCAAACUCUAAAGCUCGCCUCCAGGUACAUCGAUUUUCUCUACCAAGUACUUCAGAGCGACGACAUGGACAGCAAGAUGACGAGUUGCAGCUACGUUGCGCACGAGCGACUGAGCUACGCAUUUUCCGUGUGGAGAUUGGAGGGCGCGUGCUCUAUGGCCUCGUCUAACUAACGUCGAACAGUGGCAGAUGGGCAUGAAUGACACGACCGUCACAGAAGACGACAUCUCCUCCUUGGCGUAUUCGGGGAGUGCAAACGUAUGUUAGGUGAGAAGUGUCUCGUGAAUGGAGACGAUGAAGGCGCAGAUGCGUAAUUACGCACGUCACGGUGCGAGCACAGCUUGGUGUAAAGGAUUUGAAUUAAGAUCGAUUCAUGGAAGAUGUAUUCACUUGAUUUUAAAAGCUUCUGAUUGUGACUUGAAAGGGAAAAAGUUGUAGCAUUAACGAAGUAUAAUAAUUCGUAAAAGCCUCCCCAUUACGGAAAGAUGUCAAGAGAAACUUAAGCACAGCUGCGUUUCCUUAAAUUGGGCACCAAAGGAACCAAGUUCUGCUGACAAGUAACACAAAUAUUUGGACUUACUUCACAACAAGGCAACUGAUGCCUGCUACUGUUUCUUUUAUUGGUCAUGGGAAUACGGACAGCCUAAACAAGGAAACGCUGUAGACCGUUUUUUGUGUUGUGUUUUUUUAAGGGUUGGACAAAGUUAGCCGAUUAACUCAUGUCAAUCAUGUAUGUUGUCCCUGUUAUUUUGCAGACCAGAUUAUUUCGCAUAGAUCCCAUUUUUCUUUC